CUGUUGACGGUCAUCGUAACGGAUUACGACAGUAAGAAAAUGGCGGAGGAGGAGCGGAGUGCCGAGGCUGAGAAACUCAAGGAGAAGGCGAAUAAUUACUUUAAAGAAAAAGACUACGAGAACGCAAUCAAGUAUUACACCGAGGCACUGGAGCUGAAUCCAUCAAAUGCCAUCUACUACAGUAACCGGAGCCUGGCGUACCUGCGCACCGAGUGCUAUGGCUACGCCCUGGCAGAUGCGACCCGCGCCCUGGAGAUCGACAAGAACUACAUCAAGGGGUAUUACCGGCGUGCCACUUCUAACAUGGCGCUGGGCAAAUUCAAGGCCGCGCUUAAAGAUUACGAGACGGUAGUGAGGGUGCGACCCAACGAUAAGGAUGCCAAGUUGAAAUAUCAAGAGUGCAACAAGAUUGUAAAGCAGAAGGCCUUCGAGAGAGCCAUCGCCAGCGAUGAACUGAAACGAUCAGUAGUGGAUUCGUUAGACAUCGAGAACAUGACGAUUGAGGAUGAGUAUGUAGGCCCUAAACUGGAAGACAGUAAGGUCACGUUGAAGUUCAUGAAGGAGCUGAUGGAGUGGUUUAAGGACCAAAAGAAACUCCACAGGAAAUGUGCUUACCAGAUGCUGGUUCAAGUAAAAGACGUUUUAUCCAAAUUACCAAGUCUUGUUGAAAUUACAUUAAAAGAGACAGAGAAAAUAACUAUUUGUGGGGACACGCACGGGCAGUACUACGACCUUCUAAACAUUUUUGAGCUGAACGGCUUACCAUCUCCGACCAAUCCAUAUCUGUUCAACGGUGACUUUGUGGACCGUGGCUCCUUCUCAGUGGAGGUCAUUCUCACGCUGUUUGGUUUCAAGCUCCUUUACCCAGACCACUUCCACCUACUGAGAGGUAACCACGAAACAGAUAACAUGAAUCAGAUGUAUGGCUUCGAAGGCGAGGUCAAGGCCAAGUACACGGCGCAGAUGUUCCAGCUGUUCAGUGAGGUCUUUCAGUGGCUUCCACUCACACAGUGCAUCAACAACAAAGUGCUGGUGAUGCACGGGGGCUUAUUUAGUGAAGAUGGUGUGACCUUAGAUGAUCUUAGAAAGAUUGACAGAAACAGACAGCCUCCAGACUCAGGUCCUAUGUGUGAUCUCCUGUGGUCAGAUCCUCAGCCGCAGAACGGGCGGUCUAUCAGUAAGCGUGGCGUGAGCUGUCAGUUCGGGCCUGAUGUCACCGAACGUUUCCUGGAACAGAACAAGCUGCAGUACAUCGUGCGCAGUCAUGAGGUGAAGGCUGAGGGCUAUGAGGUCACUCACUCAGGGAAGUGCAUCACGGUGUUCUCCGCGCCCAAUUACUGUGACCAGAUGGGUAACAAGGGAGCCUACAUUCACCUCAGGGGAUCUGACCUCAAGCCUGAAUUCCACCAGUUCACUGCUGUGCCUCAUCCGAAUGUUAAGCCCAUGGCAUAUGCCAACUCACUCUUACAGUUGGGAAUGAUGUAGAGGCUCCAGCCAUCUCUUAGCAGCUGUUACUCUCUCAAGUCCACACCAGUCCCUCCAGACACAUCACACUUGUCAUUCCCGUUUUUUUUUCUGUUUGUUUUUUUUUCCUCACCCCACAAGUGAUAGGUCUUCUAACGCACACAAGCACUCGAAGUGAUCAAAUGCUUCUUGGUCUAGCAAGCAGUCAACUCGAGUGCACGUAGUUGAAAGAAAAAAGAAAACAGGACCUCGGUUGAUAAUCCAUUUUAAUUUUGAUACGUAUCAGUCUGUUUUCCCUUCAGUUUUUUUCAUAGGUGUAAAGGAAUUUUAAUCCAGUAUUAGCAGUUGAUUUCUGAGCUAUAGAACACAACAAGCUGGAUUGUACCAAAGACCUGGGGUCGUAUGUAGCAAACGGCUUGGAGAAAGAUGGUUGAGGUGUUUAUUAUUUUUUUGCCCUGCCAUUAGAACGAAUGUGGAUGAGCCGCUUGAUGCAUUAAGAUCCUGAAUUAGGAAACUGAAUAAGUGUCAUCCUGUGUAAAGAAUUCUGCAUUUGUCACACUCCCUUUUUAAUUUGAAGCUUUGUUGGGAGGGACAACAGUGUGUUUCUGUAAUUCUGUAGCAGUGAAAUCAUCCUGUGCUACUUGGGUUUUUGUAAUCAGCUGCCUUCAUGCGUACGUCUCUCGGUAUCGUAGAGCCAGAUCGAGUUGGGUUCAUUUGUACUCAAGCUUUUGUCUAUCGUAUAAAUGAGAUCAUGUACCCCCUGUAGUUACUCGACUGUUUGACUCUCUCCACAUGUUCUUCAGUAUUGUGAAGGUCCACUGUCCGUUGUACUCCGAUCUGUUUGGCAGCACCAACACGUGUUUUUCUUCCAGCUUGCUUGACUGAAGUGCACUGGAGAUAGCUGUAGUUCCCCCCCCCCUCCCCAACCCUCAUUGUACGAUUGUUUAGCUAAGUCCGCCCCAUCCCGCCAGUGUGGAUUUGUGACAGAACAUGACUGAUGUUUAGAAAUCUUAAAACGCACAGCAGCCAUAGCCCAUGCCCUUGACUUUUUAGAUAAUGUUAUAUACACAAAUGUGUAUGUAUAUACAGUAUAUACUGUAACAAUAAAAUCCCUGUGUACAUGUUUGGGGGAAAAAAUAUUGAAUAAAAAAAAAUCACGCUCCAAUUCUA